AUGAACCAAACACGCGAUUUCCGCCCGCCCCCCGGCUUCAUGGACCUAGACUCCCCGGACGCAGCCACCAAGCCAGACCCCUCCGACGGUCCCUCCCUGCCCGCGGAGGUGAUGCUGGAGCGCCUGUCCAGGGAGAGCGACGCAUGGACCACCCUGGCACGGUUCCUGGGGCAGCUGGUCCCCCUGGGCUACGACUCCGCCACCGUGGAGGAGGUGGCCGGGGUGGAGCGCCGCCGCCAGCACCUGUGGCUCACCGCUUUGCAGGUGUACACCUCGCUCGCCAAGGACAUGAAGAAGUCGGAUCUGGAGGAGUUCGAGGUCCCUGGGGGCGACGAGAUCCUGGCAGAGCUCAAGUUCCUGACCCAUGAGCAGCGGCUGCCCGCCGUCCGAUACAUACAGGCUCGACAGAUGGAUGCACAGAGCGCCCGUGUCCUCGCUCGAGCCAUUAAGGAGUGGGUGCGAAGGGAGGGGGACAAGCAGGGCUUCAGCAACGCGCCAGCCGACUGCCUGGCCUUCAAGUACUACCGCGAUUCCAUCGAGACCCGGGACCCGGUGGAGUCUGCCGCCCUGGCGAAAUCAGGCCUGGACCUGGCAGUCACCCCCUCGGCACGCCAGGCCCUGGGCGGCCUGCUGGAGCCCAAGAAGGAGCCGACCCCCGAGGAGGCCGCCGCCGCCAAGCUGCCCAGGCUGAGCACACUCCACCUGAUGCCCACGGACCUGGGCACCCGCCUGCUGCCCAUUGCCGGCGCCUUCGAGUCCACGGCCCCCGCCACGCUGCGGGCCUGCCCCCGCGCCCAGGGCCGCGGCGACUUUUUCUCCACCGUGGCCCUGCCCGCGGGGUCCAGCGCGCACGACUGGGUCGCGCUCCCGCUCUGGCCGGCGCUCGCCCAGGCCGGCACUCCCGCUGGCCUCCGGGUGGCCAACUGCAGCGUGCUACAGGCCGGCAUGGGCAGCGCAAAGGCGGGGCCGGGGCUCCUGGUGGUGGAUGUGGGGCCCGCCUCGGCUGCCGGCGACGGCUGGCGGCUGGUGGAGAGCGCCGCGCAGCCCGGCGGCCUCUCCGUGCUGAGGCCGGGGGAGGAUGCCGCCGGCGCCUCCCACGUCGCCGCAAUCCUGUUUCUCUGCCGGCCACCGGCCAUUGCCACGGGGGCAGCUGCCAAGACGUCUGAACUCCUGUCCCUUUGA